GUCAGACACACCCUCCUUCUUCGGCUGGCAGCGUUCAGCGCUCAGGCCCUCUAGGGGAGGGAGCUGCCGCCGCCGACGCUGCGGGGCAAGGCAGUGAGCGAGCAAAGCCGGCGAGAAAAGGAGGGAACGAGGGAACGAGGGAACGAGGGAGGAGCAGCGGGGGGGAGGGAGGAGCAGCUUUAGCCGCGCCGCCACCGAGCUGCGAUGUGGCCGGCCGGCCGGCGUGUAAACAGAAGGAGCAGCAGCGGCCGCGGCCGCCCCGGCCCGGGGCAGUGAGUACGCCCGCCGAGACCUGCCCGCCGCCGCUGCCAUGGCCGAAGUGCGCAAAUUCACCAAGCGGCUCAGCAAGCCCGGCACGGCCGCUGAGCUCCGGCAGAGUGUGUCGGAGGCCGUGCGGGGUUCCGUGGUGCUGGAAAAGGCCAAAGUUGUGGAGCCUCUGGACUAUGAGAAUGUUAUCACCCAAAGAAAAACCCAGAUUUACAGUGACCCCCUCAGAGACUUGCUUAUGUUUCCGAUGGAAGAUAUAUCUAUCUCAGUGAUAGGUCGUCAGCGCAGAACGGUGCAGUCCACUGUACCAGAGGAUGCUGAAAAGAGGGCCCAGAGUUUAUUUGUCAAAGAGUGUAUUAAAACCUAUAGCACAGAUUGGCACGUGGUUAACUACAAGUAUGAAGACUUUUCUGGGGACUUUCGAAUGUUGCCAUGCAAAUCUCUGAGACCAGAAAAGAUUCCUAAUCAUGUAUUUGAGAUCGAUGAGGACUGUGAGAAAGAUGAGGACUCGUCGUCUUUAUGUUCUCAGAAAGGAGGUGUAAUAAAACAAGGCUGGUUGCAUAAAGCAAAUGUAAAUAGCACCAUCACAGUUACCAUGAAGGUUUUCAAGAGACGGUAUUUUUACUUGACUCAACUUCCCGAUGGUUCAUAUAUUCUGAACUCCUAUAAAGAUGAGAAAAAUUCAAAAGAAUCUAAAGGUUGCAUCUACUUGGACGCCUGCAUUGAUGUUGUUCAGUGCCCCAAAAUGCGCCGUCAUGCUUUUGAACUCAAGAUGUUAGAUAAGUAUAGCCAUUAUCUGGCUGCUGAAACUGAGCAGGAAAUGGAAGAAUGGUUGAUAACUUUGAAAAAGAUUAUUCAGAUCAAUACCGACAGUUUAGUGCAAGAAAAAAAGGAGACGGUAGAAACAGCACAAGAUGAUGAAACUAGCAGCCAAGGAAAAGCCGAGAAUAUCAUGGCCAGUUUGGAAAGGAGCAUGCAUCCGGAACUGAUGAAGUAUGGAAGAGAAACUGAACAGCUAAACAAACUCAGUAGAGGAGAUGGAAGACAGAAUCUCUUUUCUUUUGAUUCGGAAGUUCAGAGGUUGGACUUUUCAGGAAUUGAACCCGACAUAAAGCCAUUUGAAGAAAAGUGCAACAAGCGUUUCUUGGUAAAUUGCCACGAUUUAACUUUCAAUAUCUUGGGUCAAAUUGGAGACAAUGUGAAAGGACCGCCCACAAAUGUCGAGCCAUUUUUUAUCAACCUAUGCUUAUUUGAUGUAAGGAACAAUUGUAAGAUUUCAGCUGACUUUCACAUAGAUCUGAAUCCCCCAUCUGUCCGUGAAAUGCUGUGGGGCACGUCAACCCAACUCGCCAGUGACGGCAACCCAAAGGGCCCUUCAUCCGAGGCUUUCAUUCAUGGAAUUGCUGAGUCUCAGUUACGCUACAUAAAACAGGGAAUUUUCUCAGUGACGAAUCCACAUCCUGAAAUUUUUCUGGUUGCAAGAAUUGAAAAGGUGCUACAGGGAAACAUUACACACUGUGCAGAACCUUACAUCAAAAAUUCAGAUCCUAUAAAGACAGCCCAGAAGGUGCACAGGACAGCUAAGCAAGUGUGCAGCCGCCUUGGACAAUACAGAAUGCCCUUUGCUUGGGCUGCCAGACCCAUUUUCAAAGAUAUUCAAGGUUCUCUGGAUCUCGAUGGGAGAUUUUCUCCUUUGUAUAAACAAGACAGUAGCAAGCUUUCAAAUGAAGACAUUCUCAAGUUGCUCUCAGAAUACAAGAAGCCAGAAAAGACGAAAUUGCAGAUUAUUCCUGGGCAGCUAAAUAUCACAGUAGAAUGUGUUCCUGUGGAUUUAUCAAAUUGUAUUACUUCUUCAUAUGUGCCCUUGAAGCCUUUUGAAAAGAAUUGUCAAAAUAUUACUGUGGAGGUUGAAGAGUUUGUUCCAGAAAUGACAAAAUAUUGUUAUCCAUUUACUAUUUACAAAAACCAUCUGUAUGUAUAUCCCUUGCAAUUAAAAUACGAUAGCCAGAAAACAUUUGCCAAGGCGAGGAACAUUGCAGUCUGUGUGGAAUUCCGGGAUUCAGAUGAAAGUGACGCUAGUGCUCUAAAGUGUAUUUAUGGAAAACCUGCAGGAGGAUCUGUUUUUACCACAAAUGCUUAUGCUGUUGUCUCUCAUCACAACCAAAACCCAGAGUUCUAUGAUGAGAUUAAAAUUGAGCUCCCCAUUUACCUGCAUCAGAAACAUCAUUUGCUUUUCACUUUUUAUCAUGUAAGUUGUGAAAUUAACACAAAGGGAACAACCAAAAAGCAGGAUGCAGUUGAAACUCCAGUUGGGUUUGCCUGGGUACCCUUACUGAAGGAUGGUAGAAUCAUCACAUUUGAGCAGCAGCUGCCAGUUUCCGCCAAUCUUCCCCCAGGCUACUUGAACCUGAAUGAUGCAGAAUCAAGAAGGCAAUCUAAUGUGGAUAUUAAGUGGGUGGAUGGUGCAAAGCCUUUGUUGAAGAUUAAAAGCCACUUAGAGUCUACCAUUUAUACUCAAGAUCUGCAUGUGCACAAAUUCUUCCAUCAUUGCCAGCUGAUUCAGUCAGGCUCGAAAGAAGUUCCAGGAGAGCUCAUUAAAUAUUUAAAGUGUUUGCAUGCCAUGGAGAUCCAAGUCAUGAUACAAUUUCUACCUGUAAUUCUUAUGCAACUCUUCCGAGUUCUCACAAACAUGACCCAUGAAGAUGACGUUCCUAUCAACUGCACCAUGGUCCUCUUGCAUAUCGUCUCAAAGUGCCACGAAGAAGGCUUGGAUAGUUAUUUAAGAUCCUUCAUAAAGUAUAGCUUCCGACCUGAAAAACCAAAUGCUCCUCAGGCCCAGCUGAUACAUGAAACCCUGGCUUCUACCAUGAUAGCAAUAUUGAAACAAUCUGCAGAUUUCCUAGCAAUAAAUAAAUUGCUAAAGUACUCAUGGUUUUUCUUUGAAAUAAUUGCAAAGUCAAUGGCCACAUACUUGUUGGAAGAGAAUAAAAUUAAGCUUCCCCGAGGCCAGAGAUUUCCUGAGGCAUAUCACCAUGUCUUACAUUCACUGCUUCUUGCAAUCAUUCCCCAUGUGACUAUUCGCUAUGCAGAGAUUCCUGAGGAGUCCAGAAAUGUGAAUUACAGUUUGGCUAGCUUCCUGAAGCGCUGUUUGACACUAAUGGAUAGAGGAUUUGUUUUCAAUUUGAUAAAUGACUAUAUAUCUGGAUUCAGCCCAAAAGAUCCUAAGGUUCUGGCUGAAUACAAGUUUGAAUUUCUGCAAACAAUUUGCAAUCACGAACAUUACAUUCCUCUCAACUUGCCAAUGGCAUUUGCAAAACCUAAACUGCAGCGGGUUCAAGAUUUUUUUUCAUUUGCGGUGGACCGUUUGACUCCAGUAGAUUCCAAUCUUGAAUACAGUUUAUCAGAUGAGUAUUGCAAGCAUCACUUCUUGGUUGGUUUACUCCUGAGGGAAACUUCCAUUGCUCUUCAGGACAAUUAUGAGAUCAGAUAUACAGCUAUCUCUGUCAUAAAGAAUCUUUUGAUAAAACAUGCAUUUGACACUAGAUACCAGCACAAGAACCAGCAAGCCAAAAUAGCACAAUUAUACCUCCCGUUUGUUGGACUGCUUUUGGAAAAUAUACAGCGAUUAGCGGGUCGAGAUACCUUGUAUUCUUGUGCAGCCAUGCCUAAUUCUGCAUCCAGGGAUGAGUUUUCAUGUGGCUUUACUUCACCUGCAAACAGAGGGAGUCUGAGUGCUGACAAAGACACUGCUUAUGGGUCUUUUCAAAAUGGACAUGGAAUUAAAAGAGAAGAUUCAAGAGGUUCCCUCAUCCCAGAAGGAGCAACAGGAUUUCCAGAUCAUGGCAACACUGGUGAAAAUACCCGACAGAGUUCUACAAGGAGUAGUGUAUCCCAGUAUAACCGGCUGGAUCAAUAUGAAAUCAGAAGCCUCUUAAUGUGCUACCUGUAUAUAGUAAAAAUGAUUUCUGAAGAUACUCUCUUAACUUACUGGAAUAAAGUAUCUCCUCAGGAGCUCAUAAACAUUCUUGUACUUCUAGAAGUAUGUUUGUUUCACUUUAGAUAUAUGGGGAAAAGAAACAUAGCAAGGGUGCAUGAUGCCUGGCUGUCAAAACACUUUGGAAUAGACCGGAAAUCGCAAACCAUGCCAGCUCUUCGAAACAGAUCAGGAGUAAUGCAGGCCAGGCUUCAACAUCUUAGUAGCCUGGAAAGUUCAUUUACACUAAAUCACAGUUCUGCAACAACUGAAGCAGACAUUUUCCACCAGGCACUUCUUGAAGGCAAUACUGCUACUGAAGUUUCCCUAACAGUACUAGAUACUAUAUCAUUUUUCACCCAGUGCUUCAAGAGUCAACUUUUAAAUAAUGAUGGCCACAACCCAUUAAUGAAAAAAGUGUUUGAUAUUCAUCUUGCUUUUCUUAAAAAUGGACAAUCAGAAGUGUCAUUGAAACAUGUAUUUGCCUCCCUGAGAGCUUUCAUCAGUAAGUUUCCCUCAGCCUUUUUCAAAGGAAGAGUAAAUAUGUGUGCUGCAUUUUGCUAUGAGGUUUUAAAGUGCUGCACUUCGAAGAUUAGCUCAACCAGGAAUGAAGCUUCUGCACUUUUGUAUCUUUUAAUGAGAAACAAUUUUGAGUAUACCAAAAGGAAAACCUUCUUGAGGACACAUCUGCAGAUAAUAAUUGCUGUAAGCCAGUUGAUAGCUGAUGUUGCACUAAGCGGAGGAUCAAGAUUUCAGGAGUCUUUAUUCAUUAUCAAUAAUUUUGCAAAUAGUGACAGACCUAUGAAGGCAACUGCUUUUCCCACAGAAGUCAAAGACUUGACCAAGAGAAUCCGUACUGUUCUUAUGGCCACUGCCCAAAUGAAGGAGCAUGAGAAAGACCCUGAGAUGCUAAUUGACCUCCAGUAUAGUUUAGCAAAGUCCUAUGCAAGCACCCCCGAGCUCAGGAAAACCUGGCUAGAUAGCAUGGCCAAGAUUCAUAUUAAAAAUGGAGAUUUUUCAGAGGCUGCCAUGUGUUAUGUCCACGUAGCAGCUCUGGUUGCAGAGUUUCUUCAUCGAAAAAAAUUAUUCCCUAAUGGAUGUUCAGCCUUCAAGAAAAUUACUCCCAAUGUAGAAGAAGAAGGAGCAAUGAAAGAAGAUGCUGGGAUGAUGGAUGUCCAUUAUAGUGAAGAAGUUUUGCUGGAGUUGCUAGAACAAUGUGUGGAUGGCUUAUGGAAAGCAGAGCGUUAUGAAGUAAUUUCUGAGAUUUCCAAGUUGAUCAUUCCAAUUUAUGAGAAACGUCGCGAGUUCGAGAAACUUACUCAAGUUUAUAGAACUCUUCAUGGAGCUUACACAAAAAUUCUGGAGGUUAUGCACACAAAAAAAAGACUUUUAGGCACUUUCUUUAGAGUUGCCUUUUAUGGCCAAUCUUUUUUUGAAGAAGAGGAUGGAAAGGAGUACAUCUAUAAAGAGCCAAAGCUCACCGGCCUCUCAGAGAUUUCCUUGAGACUUGUUAAACUUUAUGGUGAAAAAUUUGGUACAGAGAAUGUCAAAAUAAUUCAGGAUUCAGACAAGGUGAAUGUCAAAGAGCUUGAUCCAAAAUAUGCUCAUAUCCAAGUCACUUAUGUGAAGCCCUACUUUGAUGACAAAGAACUCAUAGAAAGAAAGACUGAAUUUGAAAGAAAUCACAAUAUCAACAGAUUUGUCUUUGAGGCUCCUUAUACUUUAUCAGGCAAAAAGCAAGGCUGUAUAGAAGAACAGUGCAAACGCCGUACAAUCUUGACUACUUCCAACUCGUUCCCCUAUGUGAAGAAGAGGAUUCCCAUAAACUGUGAACAGCAGAUUAAUUUAAAACCAAUUGAUGUUGCUACUGAUGAAAUAAAAGAUAAAACUGCAGAGCUGCAAAAGCUUUGCUCCUCUGCUGAUGUGGACAUGAUUCAGCUCCAACUUAAAUUGCAGGGCUGUGUCUCUGUGCAGGUCAAUGCUGGUCCAUUAGCAUAUGCAAGGGCUUUCUUAAAUGACAGUCAAGCCAGCAAGUAUCCCCCUAAGAAAGUGAAUGAGUUGAAAGACAUGUUUAGGAAAUUCAUACAAGCAUGCAGCAUUGCACUUGAACUAAAUGAGCGGCUAAUUAAAGAAGAUCAAGUCGAGUACCAUGAAGGGCUAAAGUCAAAUUUCAGAGACAUGGUGAAAGAAUUGUCAGACAUUAUCCAUGAGCAGCUUUGAAGACUUAAGUCGAUACUACAAGAAGACACAAUGCAUUCUCCCUGGAUGAGCAACACAUUACACGUAUUUUGUGCAAUUAGUGGUACAUCGAGUGACAGAGGUUAUGGUUCCCCGAGAUACACUGAAGUGUGAGGAAAUGCAGAUGUAAAUGACGAUGAGACUGACCUUUCUCAGGAAUAUUUAGAGCUGUGCAAAUGUUAAAAUUUAAGGAUUUGCUACAUGUGGAGUGUUUCCUCCUGACACCAAAAUUUUCAUGCUUUCAAACAGGGUGCUUACAUAUUUGUAAAUAUUUAAGCAACUUGAAAGUGCCUGGAAAAUUGCACCACUGUGCUUGGUUUGUACUUUUUUAGGUAAAUCUAUAUGCUGAAAAGUAGAGCUCAAAAAAAGUUAACUCAAUUUGCUUAAUUAUUGCUUAAAAUAGUAAUGGUACUAUGUAAAAUUGUAUAAUGGAACACAAUAAAAGGUAAAACUUAUUUGUAA